AUGGACCUGUCUCACCUAGACUUUUAUCCCACUGGCGAGAAUUCUGACCCUGCAGGCCUAGACUGCAACUCCACCAGCCCCAAUUACUUCUCCACAAACCAAGGACUAGACUCGCUCUACCAAGAGCUGGACCUGGACUCCCUGGAUGAAGACGAUUCCCUGCCUGUUCCAGAUGCCAUGACACAGUCCUCUGUAUCCACAUAUGAGUCCCACCCAGCUUCAGAACCAGAGUUGACCGAGGCUGAACUAAUGGAGCUCAAAUCUGAGCUCACGAAAUUGGAGGAAGAGAUCCUAACAUUACGCAGUGUGCUGGCAGCCAAAGAGAAGCAGUGUGGGGAACUCAGGAGGAAGUUAGGAUGCAUGGCUUUGAUGGGACUGAGGCAGAAUCUGUCCAAGAGCUGGCAUGAUGUCCAGGCCUCCAACACCUGCAUGAAGCAAAAGACUUCAUCUGCCCUAUCCUCGGUGGGCUCUGCCAUCUGCAGGAAGCUUGAAGACGUGAAGAAGUCGUCCACCUUCAGAUCUCUAGAGGGGCUGAUGGAGACAGUCAAGUCAAGAGUUGCAGGUGUCAGAGAGCUUGGCAGUGGCCUUUCUUCAUCAGUGAGUGGCAAUGAUCCAUACUCAGUUCCAAGGAGUGGCUAUGAAACUGUUCCAGGGCUCGGAGAUGAACUGCUUUCUGUCCUGAAGCCAGAGUAA